UAAUAUUUAAUGAAUUUAUCGACACUAGUAAUGAUUUCGGCCACAAAUGAGCCGCAAAUCAUCGAUUCGGUCGAUCUGACCGUCCAAGAGAUUGCCGAACUGGUCGACCGGUACAUCAAACACGACCGCAUACUUGAUUCGGGUACCGAAAUUAUACUGACCAUUGUCUACAGUAUACUCAUAGUGGCCGGUCUAUUGGCCAACAUUGUCAUCAUCGGUGCUAUUGUUGUCAACAAAAAACUGAUGCAAUCGUCAAACAUCUUAUUGCUGGUCAAUCUGUUUGUAUCCGAUCUACUAUUAUGUCUAUUAUGUAUGCCGUUUACACUGUUGCUAUUGGUACGCAAGGACUGGCCAUUUGGCCGAUCACUGUGCAAACUGAUACCGUUUGUCCAGGGAGUGGCCAUUUUUGUGUCGGCCGCCACCAUCACUACCAUUGCCAUCGACCGUAUGCUACAUAUAACUGCUAAUCCAGUGACAGGACAAAAAAAGUCAUGGAUACCGCACUACCGGCACAGGUAUGCCUUAACUACACUAAUCAUAUGGUUGGUGGCCGUACUGUUGGCCGCACCGAUAGCCAUCUAUCAGGACGUAGUUGCUUACGGCAUACAACAUGUGGCCACUUACGACAAAUGCGCCGAAAUUUGGCCAUACAAUUACCGAAUAGUCUAUUCGUUGGCCGUUAUGAUUGUCCAACUGUUGGUACCCAAUGCUGUUAUGCUUAUAUCGCACUACCGUAUCCGACACUACCUGCGCCGGCAUCGGUUCGGUAAAUCGGUUGCUAAUAAUAAUAAUACCUAUCGGCGGAUCAGGACAAACAUGUUGACACUGGCGGCUAAUGGCGACAUAUCACUGUUGGACAAGGGAUCGGAACGGGAUAACAUUAUCAGCGAUCACUUUACGAUUACCCUGACGUCGACAACUAAGCCGCCGAUGCCGACCAUUUCAAUCACAUCCACCAACGAUGCUGAUGAUGUCCAUCGAUCUACUAUUAAGACUACUAGUUGUAGUCAUCAUCAUCAUCACCACCACCACCACCAUCACCAUAACUGUGCUGACAAAGGUAUGAUACGUAACAAUAGGAUAUCAAUGUUUUUGCUAUCGAUAACCAUAUUGUUUGGCGUUUCGUGGCUUCCCUGGAAUCUGUUCAACGUAUGGACGGAUCUGUUUGUUGUCGACACGGAUUCAAUGUCUACGAAAAAUCUUUAUAUUUUGUUGGCUGUCUGUCAUCUGGUGGCCAUGUCUUCGGCUAUAACUAAUGCCGUCUUCUAUGGCUACUAUCAUACAGCCAUCAAACAAGAGUUAUCCAAAUAUGCUAAAAAUAAUGUUACAUAUGGUGAAUAA